GUUCACUCAUUAAGGGUUAGGGUAUAAUAUCAAACACAAAAAUCCUGGUAAUUCAAGGUCUAGAUAGAGUUUCCAUACUCGAGGUAUGCGGUACCCGGAUUUCACCCGGGGUACCAUAGAAGCCACCAUAUAUAUAUAUAUUUAUGAACUUAUUGUUAAAAUGUUAUGGGUUGCUAUACUUCAGACAAUGAAUUGCUGGUAUUUAUUAACAUAUCUAAAUUCUGUGCACUCAUAUUUUACAUAGUAUAUGUCGUAUUUAACAUAUUUUUAGCUAUUUUAUAGUAUACGUUAAACACUUACGCUUUACAAUUUUAUCUCUUUUUCGCUUGUAGUUAGAAUCGUGCUUUUGAUUGCAUUGCUUAUAUGGAUGAAUCACAAUUGCAUUACACAUUUAUGAAUAGGGAAAAUGCCAAUGACGGGAAUCUUCCAAGUGUUCACAAUGAUAAACAAAGCCCUUGAAGACGAUAGGUGCAUUAUCCCUUCCGCUUGUCAGCUUAAGAAGGUCAACAUCAAGGUCACCCAGCUCCUCAGCUCGACCACCGCCGGUCGAAUAAGCGGGAGCCUCUGCUCCACACGGUUCGACCCCAAGACCAAAACCCUCCACCUCCCGACCUUCACGUGGAACCCAAACGCCGAGGUGGUGAUGCGCAACCUCGUGGCCUACGAGGCCACCGCGAAAUCCAGCUCACUCAUCCUCACCCGCUACACCGAGCUCAUGCACGGCCUCGUCCGCAGCGCCGAGGACGUGCAGGAGCUCCGGAAGGAAGGCGUCGUCAUCGCGGCCGCCGUCGACGAUGCCACGCUGGUGGAGAUGUUCGGCGGGAUGGGGCUGUCGAGCAGCUACCCGAAGGGGAGCACGAUUCUAGACGGAAGUGUGGCAGCCAUCAAUCAGUAUUAUAACAAGCAGAUGAAGAUCCUGCUUAUGAGGCUGUUCAAGAAGUAUGCCAAGGUCACGAUUAAGUAUUUGGUGGUGGUAGCGGGUUUAUUGUUGGUGAUGGUGCUGUUCAUCCAGGCAUGGUGUAGUGUUUACAGGUGUCCUGGUGCGGUUCAUUCGAGGGUUGUGCAUAAUGUCGUUGGUGGUUUGCAGUAUGUGUUGUAGCUUCUUGGCGAUGGUGCCGGUGCCGGGGAUUCGUCGUGAUCUUACUGCUUUUUGAUUCUAUCAGACGAAAAUAUAAAUUUUCGCCCCAAACUGUAAUGGCUAGUAAGCCCAUCCGGUGGAGCGACGUCAUCUCAGGCAAAGUUUUAGAUUCCACAAGUGCAACGGCGCCGUCUUGUGCAGUGGAGACCUUCAUUGACGAUACGUCGACAUUGUGAGCCAACGUCUCUUUCAUUUCCAAGUUGUUGUUCCCUCCAAACUCUGCAUUCUCUGUUUUUUGUUUGUAAACAACAGCUAAGAGCUGUUUGUCCUCUACUGAUCCAAUCUUGAAUAUAAAGAACAAUAGUCAUCAAUGAGAAAGUAAGUUACCGUUUCAAUUUCAUACCUAGUUUUAUGGUAUCAGAGAAACCCUAGCCGCCGCCUCCCUAAGAGGUUCAAAUGUGACACCCAACCCCUCUGCCAAACCUCCAGAAUGCACUUUCUGCAGAAGGAUUUGACACACUGAAGAAAAAUGCUUUAAGAAGCAUGGUUAUCCUCCCAGUUCUCAAUCCAUGACUACACCUCUUACUCGUGGCAGAUUUCAUCAAUGCAACUGACAGUGGCUCUUCUUCAGACACUCAGCAAGAGUUCAAACUCACAAAGUUCGAGUAUGACAAACUGAUUUCUCUGAUGCAUGAUAACUCCAACGGCAAGUCUCCCACCAAUGCUCAUUCAGCAACACUCACUAUUCAUCAUGCAUCUGCCUCUUCCGAUACUUUUCUUCAUGAUCCUCACAAAGUGACAUAUUCAUUAAUUUUCCUACUGGUGAUCGAGUUUAAGCUACAUAGAAAGGCACGAUUCUUUGCCUUAAUGGCAUCACUCUCGAGGAUGUCCUAUUUGUCCCUAAGUUCACAUUCAACCUUCUCUCAGUGAGUAAACUCACCACCAGCAACCCUCUUUGUUUAACCUUCUCUUCUGGUUCUUGCAUCAUACAAGACAUGAAGCUGAUGAGAGUGACAGGUUCUGCUGAAAUCCUCCAUGGCCUUUACCCCAUCAACCUACCCUUAGCUAGUAAACCUAACCACAUCAUAGCAGCUGUUAGUUCACCACAUUUUGACAUUUGGCAUUUUAGAAUUGGCCAUGUUUCCCACAGUAGAAUUCCUCAACUGAAACAACUCUGUAAAUACAUUGAAACCAACAGCAGCUUACCCUGUGAUGUUUGCAAUUUUGCCAAACAAAAACGACUUCCUUUCCCUUCCAGCAUAAUUGUAACAACACUAUUUUUGUAGUUAAUUCAUGCUGAUAUUUGGGGCCCAAACUCCUCCCCCACUAAUGAUGAUUUUAAGUAUUUCCUUACCAUUGUUGAUGACUAUUCCAGGAUGACUUGGAUCAUCCUCCUUUCUUCCAAAGCUGAUGCUCGUCCCAAACUCAUUCAAUUAUACAACAUGAUAACCAAACAAUUCAACACAAAUGUCAAAACAAUUAGGAGUGAUCAAGGGAGAGAAUUCCAAAUGAGUGAUUACUUUGUAGAACAUGGGGUUCUGCAUGAAAUGUCCUCCAUUGAGACACCUCAACAAAACAGUAAGGUUGAG